GUGGCUCUGAGAGCCGCCCCUUGCUGAUCCCCAAGACCAGAGUGGGCCUUAAUAAAUACUCCGCCCGAUAGGAAAGGCCAAGUUCAAACACAGCGUCCAGCCUAGGGCGGGUCGGGGAAGGACGCCCACAGAUCCGACUGCCAGCCCCCGCCUGUCCCUGCGGCCGCACCCUCUAGCUUGAGGAGCCGAUCCAGGUUACUGCGCCUGCGCGCCCCGGCUCCGCCCCCUUGCCGCUUUCCGAGGCCUCGCGCCGGGAGCCCGCCGUCGCUUAGCAACGCGCGUGUCACAGUUGCGGCCCUCCGCGCGCCCCUUUCCCGGCAGGGCUCAGUCCCUGAUCUUCCCGUGAGGCUCCUAGCUGCCUCGUGUCAGGCCUUGGGAGCCCAUGGAGGGAAAGGAGGAUAAGCAGCAAGAGCAUAAAAUAGAAGAUGCUGGUAUAGUGUAUGUAACUGAAAAAGAAGAAGAAAUCAAACAUGACAAAAAACCUGGAAAAAGUAUACAACACUCAAAACCAUGUGUCGGGAGAGGACGUAUAUAUUAUGCAAAAUUCAUUCAUACAAAUGCAAGAACAUUCAAUGAACCGGUUCCCUACAUAGAUCCCAAAAAAGGGCCAGAAAAGCAGGGUGACUGGUGGUCACAUGGCAAAAGACUGGAGCAUCCCUUCCAACCAUCUUAUGACACUAAGAGCACCCAGAGGAGUGACUUUCAAAAACCAGCAUGUCCAUUGGUUUUGCCAGUCAAACACAGCAAGUUGCAAAAGCCUUCUUGUGGAAUAGUUCCACUUGCCUCUCCUGAUACAUCAGCGGAACUUCAAAAGAAUUUUAUAGAACACAUCUCUUUUUUACAUCAAUAUGAUGCUAGGAAAACUCCCAAUGAGCCCAUCCGGGGAAAGCGACAUGGAGCUUUUGUGCAGACAGAGAUAAAACCAGGGAGUAGACCAAUAGUUCCUAAGGGAACAGAGGUAUUACGGAAUGCCCUGGGGUCAUGCUCAUCAGAACAGUCCAAAAAAACAGAAAAAGGAAACUCAGCGGAAAGCAAAAUGAUCUCACCAGGUCUCCAACAAAAUUCCCCAGAGCUGUUAGAGACUGAAACUCACUUAUCAGAAACAGACGUCAGAGAGGCAGCCAAGGCGUGCCCCAGAAGUCCUGAGAGAAGGGAGAAGGUUGCAGACAUCCUCCAAGUCACUGCAGUAAAUGCUCUUCUCCCCAGGCAUGAUCGUUUCAAUCCACCAAUAAAAAGUCAGGAUAAGUCAGGAUAAAUUACCUUCUUUGGAUUAAAAUCUAAUCCUUGGAAUGGAGAGAAACUGCAGAAUCAUAUAAACCCUCACAGUUGCUUUUUCUGUUAUCAAUAACCUCAAAAAAUUCUAUUUACAUAAAUGGGAAAAUGAAAAAAGACAAUUAAAAUGCACCAAAAAUUUAAGAGUGGUCUCUAAUGAGUGGUGGAUUAUGAGACAUAUUUCUAUGUUAUAUUAUUUAUUAACAAAACAAUUUUGUUUUGCACAAAAAUGAACAUAAUUAACAAAUACAAAGCUUUUAUGAGAGGCCCUAUAAGAUGAUCAUUCUCUGGAAUCAAAGCAGGGUUGGAAUUUUGGCUCUACCACCUAUAAACUGUGUGACCUUGGGUAAAUUACUUAACCUCUCUCGAUUUCAGUUUCCUCAUCUGUAAAAUCAGGGUAAUAGCAACUUCCCAAGUUUAGUGAGCAUGAGAUUAUGUAUAUUGAACAGCAGGUAACCAAUGCGAUUACAUUAUCAUUAUUGCUAUAAUUAAAGUUUCAAUUUAAAGAUAAUGUUCUUCUAUAACCUUAAAAUUUCACCCUUAUUCUAAAACUUUUAGUCCCUCUGUAUGCAAUUAAGAGUGUGAAAAAUCUAAAAACAUUUCUCCUGGUACUAGUUACACAAAUGUGCGCGUGCACACACACACACACACACACACACACACACUUAAUUCAAAGACAUAUGGGUACCUAGAAUAUACAGACUUUUCCUGGGGCACCUGGGUGGCUCAGUCAUUAAGCGUCUGCCUUUGGCUUAGGGUGUGAUCCCAGGGUCCUGGGAUCAAGCCCCACA